AUGUCACACCCUCGCUUCACGCCCGCGGCUCGCGUAGCCAAGUUUGAUCAAGAUGUUUGGUCUAUCUUCACUCCCUUGGCUGCAGAAACAAAAGCCAUCAAUCUGGGUCAAGGUUUCAUGAAUCAUCCCCGAGGUCGACCGAGAUUAAGAAAUGCAUUGGCCGCUUCUUACAGUUCUGAAUUCGGCCGAGACCUGAAUCCCGACACCGAGAUUCUCGUCACUGCGGGUGCCAACGAAGCCAUGUUUGCGACAUUUGCUGCCUAUUUGGAUGAGGGAUCCGAGGUGAUCUGCAUGGAACCUUUCUUUGAUCAGUACAUUGCUAAUAUCACCAUGAACGGUGGCAAGCCUGUGUUUGUCCCUCUCCGACCUCCGGCUCAUGCGGCCGAACGUAAUAUUUCGUCGGCAGAAUGGCGUCUCGAUAUUGACGAGCUGAAAUCGAAAAUCACGGAUAAAACCAAGAUGAUUGUCCUCAACACACCUCACAAUCCCGUUGGCAAAGUGUUUUCCGAGGAAGAGUUGUUGGCAAUCGGUAAAGUGGCUGAGGAUCAUAACCUGAUUAUUCUCUCGGAUGAAGUGUACGAUCGCUUGUAUUAUCCGCCUCUCCAAAAGUUUCCACGUAUUGCUACGCUCGGUAAUCUGUGGGAGCGAACCAUUACCGUGGGUUCGGGUGGUAAAAGUUUCGCGGCGACAGGUUGGCGUGUGGGCUGGUUGAUUGGACCGGAGCAUCUUAUCAAGUACUCGUUUGCGGCCCAAACCCGUGUUGUAUUUUGCGUGAAUUCACCGUGUCAGGAAGCCAUUGCGGCCGGUUUGGAAGCGUCGUUGACAAAGCCCAUUUUCGCUGAUCAGACAUCCGCAUAUCUCGCGAAGCGCAGCAUCCUUUCCAAAGUAUUUGACGAACUGAACCUUCCUUACACCAUGCCCGAAGGUGCCUAUUAUAUCCUUGUGAACACGGCCAAGAUUCAACUGCCAAAAGAUUACCCCUUCCCUGCCCUUCUUGACACCCGUGGUAAUGAUUUCAAAAUGUGUUACUGGCUCACCAAGGAAAUUGGCGUGUGUGCUAUUCCUCCCUCCGAAUUCUAUACCAAAGAUCACUGGCCCCUCGCCGAGAAUUUUGCUCGAUUCGCGUACUGCAAGACCGACGACGUGCUUCAUCAGGCCGUCGACCGAUUGAGAAAUCUCAAACCCUAUAUUACCAAGUAG